GACUAGAAGCAGCUCCGGCUGGGCCGGCCCCAGAGUCGCGCUCGAGGCGUGGGGUGGUGCUGAGAACCCCGGACUGUCCUAGAAGGCGCAGCGCGGCUGGAGGCCACUCCAGAGAACCCCGGGAGCAGAAGCAGCAGCCGCUACCACUGUCCGCGGAGCCCACCGAGCCGGCCAUGGCGUUGUCGAUGCCGCUGAACGGGCUGAAGGAAGAAGACAAAGAUCCCAUCAUUGAGCUCUUCGUCAAGGCUGGCAGCGAUGGUGAAAGCAUAGGAAACUGCCCCUUCUCCCAGAGGCUCUUCAUGAUUCUUUGGCUCAAAGGAGUUGUGUUUAGUGUCACAACUGUUGACCUGAAAAGGAAGCCUGUCGACCUGCAGAACUUGGCUCCCGGGACCCACCCUCCAUUUAUAACUUUCAACAAUGAAGUCAAAACGGAUGUAAAUAAGAUUGAAGAAUUUCUUGAAGAAGUCUUAUGCCCUCCCAAGUACUUAAAGCUGUCCCCAAAACACCCAGAAUCAAAUACUGCUGGAAUGGACAUCUUUGCCAAAUUCUCUGCAUAUAUUAAGAAUUCAAGGCCAGAGGCUAAUGAAGCGCUGGAGAGAGGCCUCCUGAAAACCCUGCAGAAACUGGAUGACUACCUGAAUUCUCCCCUCCCCGACGAGAUCGACGAGAAUAGUAUGGAGGACAUUAAGUUUUCCACACGGAAAUUUCUGGAUGGCAAUGAGAUGACACUAGCUGAUUGCAACCUGUUGCCCAAAUUGCACAUUGUCAAGGUGGUGGCCAAAAAGUACCGCAACUUCGAUAUUCCGAAAAGGAUGGCCGGCAUCUGGAGAUACUUAACUAACGCCUACAGCAGGGACGAGUUCACCAACACCUGCCCCAGCGAUAAGGAGGUGGAGAUCGCGUACAGCGACGUGGCCAAAAGACUGACCAAGUGAGAGAGCACUUCCGAGGGAGAUGCCUUCACAGCCCAUCCCGACUACGAGUUUGCUUUUCCUAACAGACUGAUGCUCUUCCCAUAAAGUAGAAAUCUUGUUUUGCAUGAACAUGGCAGUUACUCAAGAUUAGGAUAAAGGAUAGAUGAGGUAUAUAGUAGCUAUCUUUAAACAUACACUCCUAAGCAGUAUUAUUUUAAAAUUUUCUGCCCUGCCUACCUCCCCUGCCCCGUAUCCUCCUCUCUUCUAAUUGGAGCCCCUUCACACAAACUCCCUGCUUCGGAGGUGGUUCGCCGCCUCCCCAGCCCUCCCCGGGUGCCCAUUCACGGUGUAUGGACGGCAGGACCGGUGAGGUGCAGCGUCCCACUGCUGGAAUAGUAACCGGACCUCAUCAGGCAGCCCCACAUCGGUGCAUAAUGCAUGGUACAAGAAUAUUUAUGUAUUUUGGGGAAUCUUGUAAUAUUUAGUAAGAGUAUAUGAAAGGAUUGCUACUGUAUCAAAACACUGUGCCCUGUUUCAGUUUAGUCUGUCCUGGAUACGUGCUAGAGGGAGUCACCGCCAGGGGAGAGAGCCUUCCACCGAUGUCACUAGGGGGUUUGCUGUUUCACUUUGUGCACGGGUUUUUCCUUUCCCUGAAGGCAUCUAUCCAUUAUACCAGUUACAGCGUCUGACACUAUGUAGAAGCUAGAAGUUUAGAGGGAGGGAUAACAUUCUCCAUCUUUCUCCAUGCACCAUAAGCCAGUGGGCACCUGAUGCUCGGUCUGAAUGUGGUGUUCGCUCUGUGUGCUUCGCCCAGUGCCAUUCACCGGGAACGUUACUGCUUUCUUCCUUUAUUUUAAAAGGCCCCCUUUUUAGGUAAACGUGGACCUUGCGGUUUGUAGGUCUUUUGAGCAACACUACAUAUGCUAGUAUUUAGUUGAUUUGGCUUUAGCAGUACAGUGAUUAGUAAGGUAGAAGUUAACACAGAAAUCACCUAACAGGCGUGGGGUGGGUUUGUCAAAGGAUCAAGUAGAAUCCUGUUUCUAAAGCACAUGUAAUGUGAGUAAUCUGAAGACUGCAUCAUCCACCCUGUAUUAUAAAUAAGAUAAAACGCACAGAUUGGCAGCGUUUCCAUCCCAUCUCCGUUUGCUGUUAGAUGUUGGGUAGAGGGUGGCUCCCUCCUUUGGACUAAAUUAGGGUUGUUAGGGUGAGUGUGUACUUGCUGCAGUUUUGCCCAGUGUCAGCCAUUGUGUUUCCUUCCGUUACACCUUCCUGCAGCCGGACCAAGGACUAGCACUCUGUGUGCGUGUUUGUGGUUUAAAUGGAAGUCCCGAACCAGGAGUGACUUGUGCGCUAACGAGGGAGGGCGAACUUGGGGAAAAUAAAACAAAAGCUUGCCUUGUAUUUGUUCAUUUUUUAAAUCAAAUUAGACCUUCUAAGUAUUGCUCCAAAGCUGGGGUUGUGGCUAAUAAUACAUUUUUUGGUAAUUUUUUUAUACCUAACUUGUUUAAGAAGUGCUAUUUCUCAUAGGUUGUUUUUGGAAAUUGUAAGUACGUUGCUUUAAAACGUCAAUGAUUUCCUCCCUUUGAUAUGCUAACAGUCAGUAAGCACUGCCUUUGUGGGAGCAGCUGGAUUUUUAUAAGCGUGCUGCAUUUUUUACCCAUCUAUCAGUAAUUCGCUUAGUGAAGAAAGAUAAGAAAAGCCCCAUAUUUGUAUCCAUUUGGCUCAGGGAGAUUUGCUUUACCUUUCUUAAAACUCCUUAUUGCUGAUCAAAAGUCUGAGCACCCACCUUUUUGCAGUUGAGUAUCGGAGGCUGAUUUAUGUGGUCCCGGAAGAGGCACUAUCAGGUUAUCUGCCAAGAUACUGUAGCGGCAGCCUCAGUGGGCGCAAAGCGCGCAUCUGUGCCAGGACACAGACGGCCCAUCGGCACUUUGCAUCUCUCUCUAAAUGGUGGUGACUCGGCAUUCAGGUGACACUGAGCCUUGCUGGCCUCAGAGCUCAGAGCGGGACGAAGAGGCAGAAGAAUGGGGAACUAAGGGCUGUGGAGGGGAGGGCUAGUGAGGGAGGAGCAACGUUCCUCAAAACAGACGGAUGGAAAAUAUGUUCUGAAACUCAAUUGUGAAGUAUUUUUACCUUGAAUAUUUAUUCUCUACCUU